CCUCCUUCUGGCGAAUUUAUUUUCAUGUAUUGUUAUAUAUAUUAUCAGACGUGACCAUCAUAAGUCAUAGCUUAUAUUGUUAUAAAAUAUUGCUUUGAAUUUUUGUUGUGAGCAUGAACAGAACUAAAGACUUGACCUUGCAAGUUACAUGCUGGUGGAUAAGCUGUUCUUGCCAAGACAGCCGCUAACACGCUUGCUUUAGCACACUGUCACUGAACUUCGGCGAGGACAGCCGCUGCUUUCAGCUCUCACUCCAAAAUGUUUGCCAUACGAUCUUUUGUCUGCAAAUCAUAUCCCUUCUGGCUAAAACCGCAAGUUGCAGGUGCAGGGUUUAUCCACACGACCACCAACUUGUCUGGAGCUAAAGUUGCUGUUGUGCUCUCAGGAUGUGGCGUGUACGACGGCACGGAGAUCCAUGAGGCGUCAGCAAUCCUGGUGCACCUUAGCAGAGGAGGGGCUGAAGUGCAGAUGUAUGCCCCAGAUGUCGCCCAGAUGCAUGUCAUUGACCAUGGCAAAGGCCAGCCCAUGGAGAAGGAGUCUAGGAAUGUGUUAUCUGAGUCGGCACGGAUUGCCCGUGGCAAUAUAGUUGAUGUAGCCAAACUGAGUGCCAGUAACUACGACGCAAUCAUCUUCCCCGGCGGCUUCGGGGCAGCCAAGAAUUUGUCCACAUUUGCUGUGGAUGGGAAGGACUGCAAAGUGAAUGCUGACGUGGAGCGUGUUUUGAAGGACUUCCACAAAGCUGGAAAACCUAUUGGGUUGUGCUGCAUCUCCCCCGUGUUGGCAGCCAAGGUUCUCCCUGGUGUGGAGGUGACUGUGGGCCACGAGGAAGAGGAAGGCGGGAAAUGGCCCUACGCUGGCACAGCUCAGGCCAUUAAAGCCCUUGGUGCCAAGCACUGCGUCAAAGACGUCACCGAGACCCAUGUUGACCUGAAAAACAAGGUGGUGACUUCACCAGCCUUCAUGUGCGAGACAAAGCUGCACCUGAUCUUCGAUGGAAUCGGAGCCAUGGUGAAGGACGUCCUGAAGCUCAGCGGAAAGUGAUGGCAACACCGAGACAACCAGUGUCCCACACCUGAGGCGUCUGCUGUGGCCAAAAUAUUGUCAUGCCAGUCCUUCCUUGAUGAGGGUCAAGUUAGUGUGACCUGUGAUUUAAAUAACUGAAGUGCCAGACCAGACAUGGAGGUGGCUGGCAUUAAAAUACCUUGGCUGCAGACGCCUGAGGGGAAAGACACUGUGAGACUAUAGAGACUGUGAGUCUAUAGAGACUAUGGAAAUCAAGAUUUCAGCUUCAUUUAGAGGCUUGCUGUGACUAGGAUUUUCCCAUCUGACAUAUUUUUUUUCAUUAAAAAAAUAAUUAUUUUAUGGUAGUGAUGCAUUUGGUUUCAAUUUCACAAGCUGUAUAAUGACCACACCCAAAGCUGAGGUCCAGUGGAAAUUGCAAUUGCGCUCUGGCAUGAGAGGCUGAAAUUGCCAAGAAUACGGUUACUAAAGACACAGCACAUUUUUCAUUAUUCACUUUUUCCAUGAUGAAAUACAUGACUAGUUGUAAUGUAUUUAAUUGCCAAGAGGGGGCACUGAUGGACUUUGUUGGGAAUCUGCUUGGCUGGCCAGUCUGCUUCCCUUCACAACUACAAUAAUUCUAA